AUGGCAAACCAAGAGUCCUACGCUAUUACAGGUAUUCCUGUCGAGUCAGGCGCAUUCAUUCCAGUCCGCCGCGAAGUAGACGAAUGGUACAAUGACAACAGCCGGCAAGCCCAGGUCCAAGUGUCCCUUUUCAUUCUGGCAUUACAGCGGUUCCAGAAUAUUAGCUACAAGGAUAAACUUUCCUAUUUCCAGAUUGCUGGUAUCCACCACGAGCCUGUUGUAACAUGGGACGAGAAGGAUCCUCCCAAGCCCAAUCCAAAUGGUGGGUACUGCGUACACAAUAACGUUACGUUUCCUACAUGGCAUCGACCAUACAUGCUCGUGUACGAGCAACGCCUUUACGAGCUCAUGCGAGUCAUUGUCAAAGAAACAGUGCCCGCGGAACACAAGCCAGAAUGGGAAAAAGUGGCUUCACAGUGGCGACUCCCAUACUGGGACUUCGCGAAAGGCAUCAUAGAUUCUAGGACAAGGACACUAGGCGUGCCAGUUCUCUGCACGAAGGACAUGGUUGAAAUUCUAGACCCGUCGAAGCCGCUAUCGACAAUCACUGUCCCCAAUCCUGUCUACAAGUUUACAGCUGAAACCCUAAUGGGAGAGUUAGACGAUCCUUUCAAGAUUCCGCCGGAAGAGAUAGACGACACUGGAAAGAACUUCUACCCAUGGGAUAAAUGCAAAUCCACCACGAAGUAUGGCUUGAUGAAGGAUUCAGCAAGCACCGAAGACGCUGGGCAAGAUGUGAAGAAAAGCAACCUGGCCCUGAACGUACACCCCUGGUAUAGGGACAAUAAGGCCCCUUAUGAUCCUCUGGAGUCCCUGACCUAUGAAGUUCAUCGCCUGUUCUCAUUCAAGUUUAGUAACUGGGGCGCAUUUGCAUCCACAAAAUACUUCAACCGGGAUAAUCCACGCAAAAUUCCCGCAGCACAGACGAUGGAUAUACUGUCCCUUGAGUUUAUUCACAACAACGUUCAUAAUUGGGUUGGGGGUACAGACUAUCUUCGUUCGGGAGACGAGAGGUUCUGGGGAGCAGGGCAUAUGAGUAGUAUCGGUGUGGCAUCGUUCGAUCCAAUCUUCUACCUGUAUCACUGCAAUGUUGAUCGGCUUACCGCUAUCUGGCAAGUUCUGAACCCAGACCACUGGUUUGACAAACCCCAGCAAGGCGACCCUUUACCAGUAGAUGCUCUCACACCAUUCCAUGUGGAUACUAAAUAUAAGUACUUCACAUCAAACGACACCCAGUCAUGGCGUAAGCUUGGAUAUGACUAUGACACAGUGAAGCAGCCAGGAACAAACAAGGAUCGGUCCAUUUCAGAGGUCAAGAAACUAAUUAAUGAGCUCUACGGCCAGCCUGCCCUCGACGUAUUUGGAGAUGAUGCGAGAGCCCAGGACGACUACGUGAUCAACGUGGUUUAUGAUCGAUAUGCCCUCAACGGCAUCCCGUACACAAUUGUAUUUUAUUUUGAAUUCGAAAAGUUCCGUAAAAUUGUCGGUGGGGUCUACAACUUUAGUACUAAGUUGCGAAGCACUCAUGAAGGAGGUUGUGACAACUGUGUGAAGCAAAAGAAUGAAGGUGUCCUAUCCGCAGCGCAAGUCUCAUUGACCUACACCCUACAUAAGGGUAAGGAGUGGCAUGGUUUCAACAGCCUGAAGCCUGAAAAUAUUGUUCCCUUGAUCCGAAACCGCUUGCGCUGGGUUAUUCUAGGUAAUGAUAAUACCGUGAAGUUCGAGUCCCAUGGACCGCCAGCAGCUUAUCCGACGUGGGAGUCGUUAAAGGUCAUUCCUUCACACGGAACGAUCUCAUAUCCGACUAGAGACGGCAAGUUCGAGUUAGGAGAUCUCCCAAGCUACGGGCACUAUGAUCAUAUCGAUUUGGCCUAA